AUGGAAGAACAAGUGAAGUUCAACUUCUCGUUGGCACCAGUAGGGGCAAUUGUGCACGGUGGUCUACUGGCCAGUGAUGAUCCGCACUUACGGAGGCCGAAGAUCGUCGCGCAAUCAUCGACGUCUGGAGUGUCUCUUUCUCUUAAGGUAGCUGGGAAGGAAAGUUCCCUGACGCAUGUCACGUCCUUUGCGAACAUGACCGCUUUGCAGAAAGAGACGGCUUCCCAGUUCCUCUCGUUCCGCAUCGUGGCUCGAUCGACAAACUCCAACCUCGCCCAACAGGGCACACUGCCACCGCAUGCCACACGUGUCUCACGGGUGGUCCUCAUAGUGUCCUUACUUUCACUUACUUCCACAAUUACCAAGACAUUAUAA